AUGCCAAGAUAUAAGCAUGGGACUGGUGGACGUUGUGUUCAACCGGCAUCUUUUAAUCGGCAAAAUCCAAGUAUCGAAGUUUUCAAACUCGCUUUACGACGACUUGAAAACGCUAUCGUUGAUUUAUCUAUCGAGGAUCAUGCGUCUGACUCUCCGGUUCAUUUAAAUAGGCUUUGCAACUAUUGCGCCGUAGUAGGCGAACGUCUCAAAAUCGUACAUGAAGAUGAUGAGGCAGCUCAAGAAGUAGAUUUUGGUGGAGACGCCAAAGAUGUCUCGGGUAAUUUGCAUUUAGGGAGGACAUUAGCUCAGGAGGGUUGUUAUCUCUGUUGUUUAAUCAAGAGAAAAUCUUUGCGGGAUGAAGAGGAGAGAAAUAUGUAG